AAUCUCAGAAUGUCAGAAUCUCAGAAUCUCAGAAUGUCAGAAUCUCAGGAAUCUCAGAAUAUCAGAGUCUCAGAAUCUCAGAAUCUCAGAAUCUCAGAAUCUCAGAAUCUCAGAAUCUCAGAAUCUCAGAAUCUCGGGAGCUCAGAAUCUCAGAAUCUCAGAAUCUCGGGAUCUCAGAAUCUCAGAAUCUCAGAAUCUCAGAAUCUCAGAAUCUCAGAAUCUCAGAAUCUCCGAAUCUCAGAAUCUCGGAAGCUCAGGGUCGCAGAGUCGCCGAAUCUCAGAAUCUCGGAAUCUCUGAAGCUCAGGAUCUCAGAGGCUCAGAAUCUGCGAUUCUCAGAAUCUCGGAAUCUCGGAAUAUCGAAAUUUCGGAAUCUCGGAAUAUCAAAAGCUCGGAAUCUCGGAACUUCGGAAUCUCAGAAUCUCAGAAUCUCAGAAUCUCAGAAUCUCAGAAUCUCAGAAUCUCAGAAUCUCAGAAUCUCAGAAUCUCAGAAUCUCAGAAUCUCAGAAUCUCAGAAUCUCAGAAUCUCAGAAUCUCAGAAUCUCAGAAUCUUUGAACCGCAGAAUCUCAGAAUCUUUGAACCUCUGGAUUUCAAAAUUCGGAAUCUCGGAAUAUCAAAAAAUCUCAGAAUCUCAGAAUCUCAGAAUCUCAGAAUCUCAGAAUCUCAGAAUCUCAGAAUCUCGGGAUCUCAGAAUCUCAGAAUCUCAGAAUCUCGGGAUCUCAGAAUCUCAGAAUCUCAGAAUCUCAGAAUCUCAGAAUCUCAGAAUCUCAGAAUCUCAGAAUCUCAGAAUCUCAGAAUCUCAGAAUCUCAGAAUCUCAGAAUCUCAGAAUCUCAGAAUCUCAGAAUCUCAGAAUCUCAGAAUCUCAGAAUCUCAGAAUCUUUGAACCUCAGAAUCUCAGAAUCUUUGAACCUCUGGAUUUCAAAAGUUCGGAUUCUCAAAUUCUCUGAAUCUCUGAAUCUCUGGAUUUCAAAAGUUCGGAAUCUCGGAAUAUCAAAAGUUCGGAAUCUCGGAAUAUCGAAAUUUCGGAAUCUCGGAAUAUCAAAAGCUCGGAAUCUCGGAACUUCGGAACUUCUGAACUUCAAAAUUUCAGAUUUUCAGACAAAAUCCAAGUUUAGGUUUUCACUUUUUGUGUUGGGUUUUGGAAAGGAAAAAAGACGAAAAUGGCAUUCUGAAGAGGACUUUUAUAGGUAA